AUGAAGAUCCUCCUCAUCUUCACCCUCUGUCUGAUCCCAGCAGAGUUCAGUGUGAUGAUCAGAGAACUCACUGUAGAGGACACUGGGACGUACCAGUGUGGAAUUGAUUUACCCAGGGAGAUAGACAUUUACACACCAGUGGAACUGAAGGUGAAGGAAGAUCUGUCCUAUGAGAAGUCCAUCAGUAAGACUGUCCAUGUAGGAGGAGAUUUGAAUGUCAGCUGUAAAUACCCAGAAUCCUUCAGGAGUGACCCCAAGUUUCUCUGCAAGACGAGGCUGCAACGUGCUGCUUGUUCUUAUAAAGUAUCUGUUAAAGAAAGUAGAAAAGAUGUAAAUGAGGGGAAAUUCUCCCUGUAUGAUGACAGAGAAACACAAAUGUUCACUGUGAGUAUUAGAAAUGUAACUGAGCAGGACUCUGGUGAAUACUGGUGUGGAGCUGAAGCAGCCUGGACAUCUGAUGAUGGAUACAAGGUUUAUUUCACACAGAUCGACCUGACAGUUACUGAUCCACGUGUCCCAGUUUCAGCCUCGAUACCAACACAACCUUCAUCAUCAUUAUCAUCAUCAUCAUCACCACCACCACCAUCAUCAUCAUCGUCAUCAUCAUCAUCAUCCUCAUUAUCAUCUGAGCUUAAUCCAGCUUCUCCUCCAGCAGGAUUUCCAGUUUCCACUGUGAUCACUGUGUCUGUAAUUCUGCUGCUGCUUCUGAUUGGAAUCAUAUUCCUCUUCGUGAUUCUACAUAAGAAAUGCAGGAUACAAGCAGGUACAACUUCUAUUGGCGAGAGUUCUGUCCAAGGCUCAGGAAACGACCAAGAGGAGGUUAAAUACACCAGACGCCUUUCUGCCUCAGACGCUGGAACAGUUUACUGCAAUGUUCAACUAGCCACAAUCCCCUCUGGUCCUACCCAAAAUGUUUAUGCCAACGUUUAUUCUACUCCUCAAUUACCCACAAUCCCUCCUGAUCAGGAAAUCUACUCCACGGCUCAGUUACCCACAAGUCUCUCUGAUUCCUCAGCCAGUGCUGAUCAGCAGUUAGUUGGGGAAUCUGCUGAAGGCCUGAAUUAUGCAGCAGCCACCGGCUCUAAUGCAGUUCCAAAGAUGACCUUUAAGAAGCAAGAGAUAUCAUAUGUGUAUGAUACAGUCAGUCAUGUUAAUUCAUGUGGCUAGUUUAUAAUAAUUAGGUCUCCAAGCAUCACCAUCAUCAUCAUCAUCAUCAUCAUCAUCAUCCCAUCCAUCCAUUCAUCCCAGUCAUGUGUCCUGGUCAGGUUUGCAGUAGAUCUGGAGCUUUGGGAACACUGGACGUGAGGCAGGAAUACACCCUGGGAGGAAUACCAGUCCAUCGUAGCUUCUGGUAUUUUCUCUAAUUUUACAAUAAGUACAGAUUGUGAUUUUUCUUUAAUAUGAUCACUGCUUGUGGCUAUAUUCAUCUUUGUAUUUUCAUCCAUUUUGAAUAGCUAUAUGAACGUAUGGUAUGUACUGAGUGUGGUGUGUAUUGUAUGUGUGGUCUAUGUUAUGUUUGGAAAGAAAUGCCGUAUGUAUUAAUAUAUGGAGAAAGGUAUGCAUUAUACUUUAUAUAGGAGUAUGAUUUUAAAUAGUAUAUUUACAGAAAGUGAGUGCUAGAAGAAAGAGAGAAGUGGAGACAUUCAUCUUAUCUUAACCCCAAAGUCUCAAAAUCAGCUUGACCCGCUCACUUCACUUUUUGUUCACAUGUUGUUCAUUUUUAUUUUGUCUUAUAGUGACCACACUCAUUAUUACUGCUCUGCGUACUUAUAUCAGCCAUCCUCAUGCCCUCUGUUUCAUAAUCAAGACUCUGAUUCUGUCGUGUAUGCUUCUUCAGAUAAAGGCACACAGUGUAUUUUUGUCAUUCAAAUAUUUUUUUUUUUAUGUUGAAUUCAUUAUGGACUGUUCACUUUUGAUGUUUUCAGCAGGAUGUUAUGCAAUAAAUAAUUUUGAAAGUUUCUCAAGUGCAUAGUAUUGUUCCUAAGCAGGAAGUAAUU